AUGAAUUUAUGGUGUCUUAUUGCUCAAGCGCUCAAGUUCAAGCUUAACACAGUGUACAUAAGUGAACAUUUGUCAUUUGCUGUAGUGUUUGUUAAAUAUGUGCGCGGCAGACAUAACAAGUCUGACGAUGAGUACGGAAGAUGCAAGCAGGACAGCCUUGCAAACCAGGUGAUGGUAAGGGUGCAUCGGCAAUAUCCAGUUUCAGAUGAGCCGGGGGAGUCAUGGACUGUGAAUUUCAAGUACUGCUGCUGUGAGCUCGCUCGUGGUAAACACUGGCCCAAAAUGCCACCUGCAGAAUGGACAACACCGGACCAGAAAGCUUUUCUUGAGUCGAAGUACAAUGAUUUUUUGAAGGCACAAGUCGGGGCAUCUAUUACGCAAUUCUGGGGCCCUGUGUUCUCAGAGUGGUUCAGAAGGUUCCCUGAGGAACUUGCAAUUUUUGGUGAAGCGCUGGAAGUCUUGUCAGAAGAGCAAAAAGAGGCGAAAGGCGCAGCUGUUGAACUCAGGCAAAAGAUGAGUUUAUCAUUUCAUGAGAAUCAAUUAGACCCGCUUACCAAAAGCGGCUGCUCUGCUGUAAAUGCAAUGGGCAAAACAAUUUGGCAGAUGCUCACCAACAAAGCCAAGGGCACACAAAUCCACACAGAGGCUGAAGUAUUCUCGAAGAUGAGGUAUGCGGAUGACGUCCAGGCGCAAGUUAAGGAGAGCAUCGCUUCAGGCAGCCUUACCAAGAGUGAAAAGUUGGGAGCUGUGAGAUUGAUGACAUGCACAGCUUAUGAGGAUGUUAAGGCCUUGUGUAGGGCAAAGGUUCAGGCAGAACGGGAUGCCAAGGCAUCAGAAGUCCUCAAGAAGACAGAUGAGGCCCCUACCAAUGCGCAAUAUGCUAGGGCACUUACCGAACGUAUGGGUCCGAUUUCACAAUUCAUGCAAGUCAUUAAAGACAUGACGGGUUGGGAAUGGAGUCUGAUCGGCGCUGGACCAGACCCACGUUUGGACGGAAAUAUAAAUGCUAUGAGAUAG